CGGCCAGUGACGAAUCGCACCUUUUCCGACUUCGGCGCUCUAGCACCUCAGGCUCGGCUCGUUUGAAAAGCAGAUCAAAUUCGGAGGUGCGUGUGCCAAAGCCUAAGCCUAAGGCGCAGCCGGCUCUGGACAGAAGCUGUGUGUGUGACUAGUAAUACAAGCUCUCUGCGCUUUCUUUUUACCAUCUCUUUCCUGUCCAGCCUAUCAGAGUAGGUCUACGUUCCUUCUCAGUUAGCUCGUCCCUGCUUUCUUGAAAUCACAGUGAUACGCACACCUGCUGGGGUCCUCACAACCCGAUUGGACACUUUCAACCAGGUCGAGUCCCCACUAAAAGCCAAGUUUGUGUGCGACAACAGCGCACGGAGCAGACUGAGAGUAUUCAGCAUUUGUUGCAGGAGAUUGAAACCCUGAGCAGGGCUUCUUCUUGCAUCUUAAGGAAGCAGUGCAUCAUAGUCAGGUCCAUUUUGAAAAACAAGAGUCUCCGUAGUUUUGUCGGGAGAAGGAUGGUGCGGCAGAAUGCCAGUCACGGAGGCGGCGUAAGCUCCUUGAAUUAUCUCUUUGGGGAGCCAACAUACCUGAAGAACACUCCCACACCAUUAGAUCUGGAGCAUCUGGAGGCAGGCCUGCCAAGUCACAGGGUCAGCAGGGUAAAGGACGGGGCAAAUCCUGUCUUGCCACAUGUCAGAAGUCCGGACACCGCGGGACCUUCAAGGGCAAAGGGCAUCAGCAGCCUGCAGUUUGAGCCGUCUGCGACAGCGGAGUCGUGCUUGAAAGGGGACGAGCAAUCAAACUGGGGCUAUGCAGCCACCCCAUCGUCAGUGACCCAAGCGUCAUUCUCCCCGAAGCCGUCGACCAACGGCAGCGCUAGGCCGGCCGCUGGAUUCCAAGCCCUUGGCAACGGUGGGCAUGGAAAGCCUUCACAACAUGGCGAAUCACAAAUCGGCUACCUGUUUGGUAAAGAUUAAGGGUCCGUUGAGGUGAUGAUGAUGGGGUCGAUUGGGUGUUGGGUCGAGUUUUAUGAUCAUAUGGGUUUAUGCGAAGAUUUGAAAUCGUCUGCAAAUGUCGGGCUCAAGUUCAAUCAUCAAAGUCGUGACUUUCUUUGAUACACGUGCCUAUUGCACCUUUCAGAUUUGUUUGUGACUCUUUCUAGCUCUAAAUUGUUGGGGUUAUGUAAAAGGACUUUUGUUGGAGCUGCCAAGUUAUGUACCACAAAGUAGAAAGGCGAGCAAUUUGCUUGAUCAGUGGUGGGGGUCAGUUUCAGGAGGAAGCAAACGGAUGUUGAUUCUGAGGUAUUCCUCGUCGCUAGAAAGGUGAAGCAUGCUCACAUGGACAAUAGAGAGGCGGCUGCGAAUUUUGGAGCAUUAUCUCGUCCAGAUUCCCAACAUCAUGGGUUGCACAACUUUUCGACAAUUGUAGAAGCGAAUCUCUCCGCUUGACGGUUGCACAAGUUGGUUCAAGAUGCAUCGCUCC